AGGACUCCUGGCUCCAUAGCAACAGCAGGAGAUUAGUGUGACGCCAUCAACAGGCAGCGAGGCGAUACAUCCAGUCUGCUGCUGCUGCAACUGCCGAGAUGGUGUCCGGAAAACAAGGGAUUCAGCCCCGAUUUGGUCCAACAAACAGAAUCCUGGAGCUGGCGCAGCACAAAACUUCAAAAACUGUUUGGGCCACAACUCCUUGUGUGAAGCUGAGCUGGGGCAGCCAGCAGCCAAUAUGGCCCAUCUCAGCUUCAGCGCUCGGAGCCGUUCCAAGUGCGAGAAUCCAAUACCUAUCCAGGCACAAAAGAGACUUCUCAGCAAGGGAGGACCACCGGAGGAUGGAGGAGGAGGAGGCGAGCUUCUUCAGGAAGGCCCAGCGUCCUUCCUCCAGGGCGUCCCAGUACGAGCACAUUGUCCGCCUUUCAACACCCAGAACCAGGAGCCGCAGCUCCCAGGAAGCAGGGCCUCCUCACACAACUCAGUGUGAGAGUAACUGUCCCAUCUGGCACGUCGACCCCAGACUGAAAACUGCUGUGGUCACACUGCGACUGCUGCAGCUCUCCAGCCCCAAACUAAACCACCCAGACUUCCAGAGCAACAGACAGAGUGUUGAAUCCAUCGCCUCCUUUGCUCAUAAGUCAGCUCAGAUCUCUCAGCGACUGGUCCAGCUGUCACUGCCCAGACUGAAGCAGAGCAACAUCUGCAGCGACCUCGGCCGCCCAGAGGAAACCAUCUGGACCGUAAGAGCACCUACAAGUUCCGAGGGCAGCGGCGAGAGCCACGACAAGCGCUCGUAUUGAAGCGCUGGCGACACCCAAACAGCUCUCCAAGGACUACAUCCCUCCGAAAGAGCCAGAGUGGAGCUGAAGAAACGUCCAGUCCAUCUGAACUGCAUCCGUCAACGUCUCAACCACUGUUUGUUUACAUGCCAGUAUCAUGGUUUCUGUCGGAGUGCUCGCCACACUAUGUCCAGGUUUCUCCAAACUUACAUUCUGACUCGUAUCCAGGAAACUACAACACAUGUAAACGCAAAAUGUUCAAAGUUCUUUUGAGGUGACAGUUAUGGUAAAGCUUUUGUUUGCUGGGGGGAAAAAAAUGGUAGACAGUUUGUUUCAGCAAUGAAAUAAAUCACAGGAAACAGGGAAAGACCUUCAUGUUGUUGCAAACGCCAAACCCACGAAAGACAAAUCCAGAUUAGCAAAAGACAACAGAAUUUGGUGACAGGAUCUAAAUGACAGCAUGGAAAUAAACUAAAAACACACAACUGUAAACUGUAAGAAUGAUAAGAAUUCCUACAAUUUUAGAAAACAAAGCUAAAAGAUUAUAAAAGUCCAUCUGAGACAUCUGGAGGAGAAAUGUGAGUAAGAAACAACUCCAAUGGUUCCAUCUGUUUCUUAGCAGUUCUGUCAUUCUGGUUGUUGGCUGAUAUAAAUCCCACUGAAUAAUGUCAGGAAUAAAAACGUGUUUCAGAUCUGGA